UAUAACCUAUGUUUUAUGAAUAUACGUACUUAUAAUAAAAUUUAUCUGAUCCUUUUCCAAAUUCCGUACAAAUAAAUCUAAUAAAUAAUAAUGCACUUCCUAACUUUAGUACAUGGUUGACGCACAAACCGUGCAGGCCAAGAAAGGGAAAAAAAAUUUCGGUUUUUGUUUUGUAAUGACCAUUGGAUUUUUGUGUUUUCGAUGAACAUUUGCUCUAACAGUCAAUAGAAUGGAUACAAAUGAAGCGUUGGACGAAAAAGAUAGUGGUCCCGAGGUUCAAUUACACUUUCCCUCCUCAGUGAUGAGUAGAAUUGAGGAAUUAAUGGGCGGAAGUGAACAUUUUGACAGCGACGAAUUUGAUGCAGUAGCCUAUAUCAAUCGAGUGUUUCCAACGGAACAGUCACUAUCAGGGGUUGAGGCGGCAGCCUCUAGAUGUGAAUUCCGUUUAGCAGCUGUUCAACAUGACAUCCGGAGGUUGGUACAGGCUCAACACGAUCAAAGGAAAGCCGGCCAUCAGGCACUGCUGGAAGCCCAGAAGUGCAUCUCGGAGUUGUCAUUACAGGUAGCGGAUAUAAACAAGAAAUCAGAACGCAGUGAAGGUAUGGUUCGCGAGAUCACAUCUGAAAUAAAGCAAUUGGAUUGUGCGAAGUGGAAUUUGACGGCAGCCAUCACGGCGCUGAACCAUCUUCAUAUGUUGGCCGGUGGAGCCGCAUCUUUGAGGACAUUGGCACAGAAUCGACAGUAUAAAGAACUCGUCUUGCCGUUGCAAGCCAUUAUGGAGGUGCUCCAACAUUUAGAGAAUUAUCGCGAUAUUCGCGAAUUGAACGCUCUAAGAGAAGAAGUGCACUCGAUUCGUGCGAAUCUCGCUGAACAAAUAUUGGCGGAUUUUAGACAGGCCUUCACUGGUGGAAGUAAAAGCACCAUUUCCCAACGUACAUUGAGUGAGGCCUGCGGAGUCGUCGAUGCGUUGGAGCCCAAAGUGCGGCAAGAUCUGCUCAAAUGGUUCAUAGGACUGGAAUUACAGGAGUAUGAACACCUGUUUUCCCCUGAACAAGAAUGCGCGUGGUUGCCCCAAAUAGCGAAGCGAUACUCCUGGCUCAAGAAGCACCUGCUGGCCGUCGAGCAGACCAAAGGUGCUAUAUUCCCAGCGGCAUGGCGGCUCAGCGAGAGGAUCGCUCAUCACUUUUGCAUGAUAACCCGGGAAAGUCUAACUUCCCUAAUGUCGUCCCGUAGGAAUGAAAUCGACUGCAAAUUAUUGCUUUAUGCGAUACAACAGACGCACAAUUUCGAAUUAUUACUUCAUAAACGUUUUAUUGGCACAGAGUUGGGACCAGAAGCGGAAGCUAAUUCGGAAGUCAUCUCCUUUGAUGAUUAUAUUGAGAAUCUCGAAGAUGUGACGUCACACAGGAGUCCAUGGGUGGGUGUGGUCGGAGGAUGCUUUGAAGAGCAUCUCUCCCUUUACAUAAGCAGUCUUGAUAAUAAUCUCCGGUCGCUCAUGGAUCGGUUUAUUCAGGAAGCUAAGAAUAUAGAAAUUGGCGACUGCGAGGGAAGUGGAUCGGGAGGAGUGUUGGCAAGUUGUGCGGAUCUCUUUCUCUUUUAUAAGAAAUGCCUCGCACAAUGCGCCACUCUGUCUACGAGGGAACCGAUGUUAGAAUUGUCGGCCGUGUUCGGGAAAUAUCUCCGCGAGUACGCGGGCUCGGUCCUCCAGAAUGCAUUACCGAGGAAUAAUUCGAACACAGUCAACAAUAUUGUCACGAACAUACACACAUUUCUGAAGGACGAGAGUGCUGUGAGAUAUACGAAGCAGGAAAUCUCGAAGAUCACAAGCGUAAUAACAACGUCGGAGUACUGUUUGGAGACGACUGUUCAUCUCGAGCAAAAGUUGAAGGAAAAGAUUCACCCGAGUCUGUCCAAUAAAAUCGAUUUGGGCCCGGAACAGGAUUUAUUUCACAAAAUGAUCAGCACCUGCAUUCAAAUCCUAGUCCAAGAUCUGGAGUUGGCCUGCGAGCCGGCCCUGUCCUCCAUGACCAAAAUAUCCUGGCUCCACUUCGACACGGUCGGCGACCAGAGUUCGUACGUCACUCAGGCCAUCAUGCAUUUGAAGAACUCGAUCCCGAUCCUGAGAGACAAUCUCGCCUCGUCCCGAAAGUAUUUCACCCAGUUCUGCAUCAGAUUCGCCAAUUCCUUCAUACCGAAAUUCAUUCAGAACAUCUACAAGUGCAAGCCGAUCUCCACCGUCGGCUCCGAGCAGUUGCUGCUCGACACGCACAUGCUGAAGACGGUGCUCCUGGAACUGCCCUCCCUCGGCUCGGACGUCAAACGCCAAGCGCCGACGACCUACACGAAAGUCGUCAUCAAACUGAUGACGAAAGCCGAGAUGAUUCUGAAGCUGGUCAUGGCGCCGUUGGAUAAUAACUUGGAGGGUUUUGUGGCCCAGUUCCUGCAAUUGUUGCCGGAUAGCACGCUGGUGGAGUUCCAUAAAGUGCUGGAUAUGAAGGGAGCCAAAUUGAGUAAGAGCCAGUUGAGCAGUUUGGACGCUCUUUUUAAGGAGACAUCGAGGAGUUAUAGUGAGACUGUGAAAUAAAGAUUUAACUUUAAGAGCGGAUUCAAAAUGGCGGACAUAGAGGUGGUGAUGGGUUUUACUGUAACAUUCAAAGGGAUUUGCCGAAAAACCGACAGCCGAGUGGAGUGGAACUGCUGACAUGCCGAAUAUACAUCGAGCGAAUAUCGCCCUUAAGAGUAAGUCUUACUUAUGUACUGUUAUAAAUAUAUUGACAUUAUAUUAGAUAUAAUAUCUUUUAAUAUACCUAGCAAUCAUAAAGUUCGAUAAAUCAAUUUGCAAGGAAUAAAAAUGAAUACAUUUGUUAGAAGUUUGUAAAUAGUCAAAUGUUUUAUUGCAAAAUUGUACAAACUUAAAAUGCACCGUUUAUGUAAGCUUUAAUUCUAAUAAUUUUGUUUUAUUCAAUUUGCUAACAUUGGACAUGUAAAGCUGCCAUUAUACAUUGCUUCCUCAUAUCGUAUGUAAAUGUUUAAAUCAACAUUCAACGAAGAGCAAGCUAACUUGACGGACUGUCGAUAUUAUGCAUUAGGGUAUUUAAGGCCCAAAAGAAAUGUAUUAAAGCAAAUUGUAUUUAAAAAACUUAAAAUUUUAUCUCUUCCGUGUAUUCAUAUUUUAGAAAUAUCCCUAUUCGUACACAGAAAUAUACAUAUUUUUAAAUCUAAUGUAGAAGUCGAAGUAAGAAAUAGACAUGGGGAGAAAUUUUGUAUGGCAAUUAAAGUUUGCAAUAGAUUACCGAAAGAAUUAAAAGACGUUCCGACUAGAGUCUUUAAAAAGCGACUUAGUGCAUUAUUUUUGGAAAAAUGUACUAUUCAAUAAAUUAUUAUUUGUGUGAGACAUUGUAAUUUAUACAAAUUUAAUGAAGUAUGAUAUAUAU